AAUUAACGUCAGUUGCAUUGUCUUCCCGAUUUAAGCUGAUGAGCGCGAGAGUCCGGGAUUACCGGCGCAGGGACACAGGACUGUCCCUUUGGGAAGACGCGCUGCGGUGGUCGCCGCUGUGGCUCCGGUAUUCCUUCGUGCAGCGGGUCCUGUCCCCAGCUGGAGAGGGACGUCAUGCUCUGUCCGACUCAGUCUGGGAGCGGAGGGACCAGUGCUGCAGAAAGACAGCCCCCUGCCCUGGGACAAACAUGAGGAGCGCUGCCAAGCCCUGGAGUCCUGUCGUCAAAGCGGGAAGCCAUGGCCCCGAACGUGCACGGCCCCUUCCCACCGCUUCUUCUGGCAUGAAGAGUUCUAAAUCUUCAACCUCCUUGGCUUUUGAGUCCCGGCUUAGCAAGCUCAAGAGGGCCAGUAGUGAGGACAUGCUCAACAAACCUGGAAGUACCACCUCAUCAGGGGUAGCGCGACUGAAAAAGACUGCAACAGCUGGAGCCAUCUCUGAGCUUGCUGAGAGCCGCCUGAGGAGCAGUACAGGGACUGUUUCAACAACCAAACGGACAGGCAUUCCAGCUCCACGGGAACUCUCAGUAACUAUCUCAAGAGAGAGGUCUGUGCCACGUGGUCCCUCCAACCCAAGGAAAUCUGGGUCCAGUCCAACUUCCUCCUGUACCCCAACCCCUACCAAACAUCUGAGGACCACUUCCGCAAAACCCAAGCAAGAGAAUGAAGGUGGAGAGAAGGCGGUGCUUGAGUCUCAAGUUCGGGAACUUCUGGCAGAAGCCAAAGCUAAAGACAGUGAAAUUAAUAGACUUCGAAGUGAACUAAAGAAAUGCAAGGAGAGAAGGGCUCUGAGCACUGAGGGGACUGAUGCUUCGGACCCAAGUGCAGAUGGGAUAUCAGCCCCACCAGGUAACACAGAACCUUUAUUAAGAGCCCUUGAGGAGAAGAACAAAAUCUUUCAGAAAGAGCUUGCUGACCUAGAGGAAGAAAAUCGGGCCUUGAAGGAGAAACUGACUUACCUUGAGCAGUCACCAAAUUCUGAAGGGGUAGCAAGUCACAUUGGUGAUAGCAGCUGCCCAACAUCAACAACUCAAGAGUCAAGCUUUGGAAGCCCAACUGGAAAUGAGCUGUCAAGUGAAAUUGAAGAGUAUAAAAAAAACACACAUGGAAAUGCAUUACGGACAUCAGGUUCUUCAAGCAGCGAUGUUACCAAAGCUUCCUUGUCUCCAGAUGCCUCGGAUUUUGAGCACAUCACUGCAGAUACCCCGUCUCGGCCCCUGUCCUCCACUAGCAACCCUUUUAAGAGCUCCAGGUGUUCCCCCACUGGGAGUUCCCCAAAUAAUGUCAGUGAGCUGUCCCUGGCUUCCCUCACAGAGAAGAUACACAAGAUGGAAGAAAAUCAACACAGCACUGCAGAAGAGCUGCAGGCUACUCUGCAAGAGUUAUCAGACCAGCAGCAAAUGGUGCAGGAACUGACAGCUGAGAAUGAGAAACUGGUGGAUGAGAAGACUAUUUUAGAGACGUCCUUUCACCAGCAUCGAGAGAGGGCAGAGCAGCUAAGUCAAGAAAAUGAGAAACUGAUAAAUCUUUUACAAGAGCGAGUAAAGAAUGAAGAGCCCAGUGCCCAAGGAGGAAAAAUCCUGGAGCUGGAGCAGAAGUGCACAGAUAUUCUUGAGAAGAGCCGCUUUGAAAGAGAGAAGUUGCUCAAUAUACAGCAGCAGUUGACCUGUAGCUUACGGAAGGUAGAGGAGGAAAACCAAGGAGCUUUAGACAUGAUUAAGCACCUAAAGGAAGAAAAUGAAAAACUGAAUGGGUUUCUAGAACUAGAGCGGUGUAAUAAUAGCGUGAUGACCAAAACUUUGGAAGAAUGUAGAAUUACCUUGGAAGGCUUGAAGAUGGAGAAUGGGUCCUUGAAAGCUCAUUUGGAGGGAGAAAAGCAAAAAACUAUGGAGACCAGUAGUACCCUGGGGCAGACAGCAGAAAACUGUAAAGUCCAAGAAAUGUUGGAAGUAGCUCGAGCUGAAAAAGAUCAACUGGAACUGUCUUGCACAGAACUCAGACAAGAAUUACUAAAGGCAAAUGGUGAAAUUAAACAUGUUUCAAGUCUACUGGCUAAGAUGGAAAAAGAUUAUUCUUACCUGAAGGAGAUCUGUGAUCAUCAAGCAGAACAACUGAGCAGAACCAGCCUAAAACUGCAAGAGAAAGCAUCAGAGAGUGAUGCAGAGAUAAAAGACAUGAAAGAAACCAUAUUUGAAUUGGAAGAUCAGGUGGAACAGCACCGGGCUGUCAAGUUACACAAUAAUCAACUCAUUAGUGAGCUAGAAAGCAAUGUGAUCAAGUUGGAGGAGCAGAAGUUAGACUUGGAACGGCAGCUAAAGACCCUGACAAAACAGAUAAAGGAGGAGACAGAAGAAUGGAGGCGAUUCCAGGCAGACCUGCAGACUGCAGUGGUUGUGGCCAAUGACAUCAAGUGCGAGGCCCAGCAGGAACUGCGCUCUGUCAAGAGGAGGCUUCUGGAGGAGGAAGAGAAGAAUGCCAGGCUACAAAAGGAGCUGGGGGACAUGCAGGGCCACAGCAGACCUGGGAAUGAAGAAUCAGAGCCCUCUGAGGUUGAUGCUGCUGGCCGAUGGCAUGGCGUCUAUGUCAACAGAACAUCUCCAGCACCUGCAGAGUCUGCAACCACUGUUAAGUCACUGAUCAAGUCAUUUGACUUGGGACGCUCAGGUGGAACUGGACAGAAUAUUUCUGUCCAUAAGACCCCCAGAAAUCCUCUAAGUGGAAUACCAGUGAGGACCACUCCAGCAGCUGCUGUCUCUCCCAUGCAGAGGCAUUCGACUUACAGCAGCAUACGGCCAGCCAGCAAAGGGGUGACUCAGCGCUUAGAUCUUCCAGACCUUCCCCUCUCAGAUCUUCUGAAGGGAAGAACUGAGGACCUGAAGCCAGACCCUUACCUCAGAAAGAGUCCCUCAUUGGAGUCACUGAGCAGACCCCCCUCCCUGGGCUUUGGGAGUACCAGACUGCUGAGCGCCUCCACUGGGGGGUUGAAACCACCAAGCAAACUCAGCGUGGAAAGAAGAGACCCUCUGGCAGCCCUGGCUCGGGAAUAUGGUGGCUCCAAGCGCAAUGCACUACUGAAAUGGUGCCAGAAGAAGACAGAAGGUUAUGCGAACAUUGACAUCACCAAUUUCAGCAGCAGCUGGAGUGACGGCCUCGCCUUCUGUGCUCUGCUCCACACCUACUUGCCUGCCCACAUCCCGUACCAUGAGCUGAACAGUCAAGAGAAAUCUCUCUGUCUUUUUAACCUAGAAAAGGAAUCUCUUAUUGGCAUUUGAAGCAGCUGAAAGUGUAGGAAUCAAACCCAGCCUGGAGCUCAGUGAGAUGCUGUACACUGACCGGCCUGACUGGCAGAGUGUGAUGCAGUAUGUGGCCCAGAUCUAUAAGUACUUUGAGACGUAAACCCCAGGGCCCAAAAGCAGCAGCUGCCACCCCACCUGGAAGCUCCUGGUUCCCACCAAUCUUGCUCUGACUACCACCCAGCCUCCUGGAUUUCUAAGAAAGGCUCAAACCAAGUGGACCAACACUCAAAGAAGAAACAGAGCUGGAUUCUACAGUGUCCCUAUUGCAAAUGCAAAUGCGUUUGGAAUAUAAGUUGGGGAAUCUUUGCUCUUCCAUGGGAAGUUUCUAAAGAGGAUGGCCUUCCUUUUUCCAAACCAAGAUCCCACAGGCACAUUUCUGUGAGAAAGAACCCAGAAUAUCACCAGUCCCAUUUGGUGACUUGAUGCAUAAUCUGCACAGAGAUUUAUGAUGUACAACACCUUCAAACCAGUCUUUUUUUUUUUAACUUAAAAACCCUAGCUUUUGCCUUUAUAGAAACUGCCCUUCUCAACCUCCCCACCAAACACCACCACCCCAAAGAAACAUAAGAAACUUUUGCUUCAAAGCAACUUUGGAAACACAUUGGCCCUGUAGAACUCAACUAUUUGAGUCUUUGAUAUGCAAAGGAGCCUGCAGUGCCUUGCUGAAGGUCCCCCUGAGGUGUCUCACAGCAGGAAGUGUGUGCAGUGGAUGGUUUACAGACUGAAAGGGAAACCACAGUCAUUGUCCACAGCACCUUCUAUCCCACUUAUUCAUGCUCCUAUUCAUACCCACACAUUUGUCACAUGCAAAGAACUUGACAGGGUCACUUGCGUGUAUGAAAUGUUAUGUGUGUGAAAUGUUGUGUCUGUUGUGGUCUUUACAUUUUUGCACAGUUAGACAGGCUGAGGAUGUAUAUUUCUCUGGACUCUGGACAAACAGCAAAUCUAAACAAUAUUCCAACUCCAGGGGGACUUAGUCUUUGGGACUUCACUAGGUCUUUUGCAUGACAAAAAGAAGCCCUUGUGGGUGGCAGUGAUGGCUCCAUGUAUAACUGAACAGACAGAAAUGCAGUUUCCCCUAAUAUCCUAUUGGUUACCCUAAGUAAAGGCAGGGACCUCCCACGGUGCUCAGUCCAGGUCUGGUGGCUCUUUGGUAUUCUACUUGGGCAAAUAAAUGUGCAUUCUAUAGCAAAGGAGGGUACCAUUCACACAGGCAGUCAAGGUAAAUGUGUAAAUGUCCAUUACUUGCUGUUUUAAGUGCCAAAUAGCUCUGUUAGUACCCCUCUGACAAAGGGUGUCUUUACAUUAACUCCCCCAAAAUUACAAUUACUGCCAUCAUAAUUUAAAGUGAAUCCUGAUUGCUGAUCUGAGCCACUCAUUCAGGGAUAGGUUGCAGAGACUGCAAGUUCAUUCCCUGUCCUGGUAGUGGUAUGGGCUCUUCCCCCUCCUCCAGGGUAGCCUUUUCUAGAACUGACAGUUGGGCCCUGCUGGGCGGGGCCGUCCCUGAGUCUCAAACUGUGUCGGGCUGCAGCUUCUGCCUCCCAGUCUUGUCUGUGGUUCUCAGCUGUGGCUCUGUAACCAAAUCCCUUGAGGAGCUUCUAGAAACCACAGGCCCAACCUACCUGGAUCUGUGAGUCAGAAUAUCUGGAAUGGGAGCAGAGAUAUAGCUAAUGUACAUUCAGAAUCCUCUGGGACUCUGAUGCACAGCCACAGAGGGGAGCAUACACCUCAUUUGGUGACCCUGUAGCAGUGCAGCUCUGAGAUCCCAAGCAUUUGUUUGGGAAUCAGCGUUAAUUAUAUAACUAGCCCCUUGUUUUCAAAAGGAAGCUUGAGAUUCAGCUGUAACAGUUUUAACUUGCUCCUUCAGCUGAAUGUAUCCAAAUGAAAGUCAUUAUUUGUGCUACUUCCUGUACCUGUAUUAACAUUGCAGCUGACAUAACUGGUGCAUCUUCAUUAUUUCCAAGCUUCUGCUUUGCCCACCAUCAGUGAAGAGAUAUACUAUCCCAAGUUGUUGGGCUGAGCUGUGGGUGGUUGUGUCUAAGCUGGGAUUACCCCAGGGUUUUGUGUGGGACAAACAGUUGAGGUCUUGGGUCAGGUGGUUAGCCCGAUUGUCACUGUUUGCAGUGAUGAUGUGUAAAGGAUUUCAAAGGAGCUCUGGGCCAAGCAGAGCUAUGUGUAGUGAUGCCGGAUGCUUUGCGGUUUCCCUCCUUCCAGGUGGGGAGUGUACCAGCACCUCUCCAGUAGGAGCCCACGUUGCCCAUGACUGGCCACACUCAACCCUUCUUAUCAGUAAAGUAGAGGGGAAAAUGUCCUAUGAAAGAACAGCCACAUGCAGUUUGUUCUUAUAACUCAAAGAGGUUCCCUUACUGCUAGAGAGGGAUUGGGAGAGUUCAGAGCACAAAACUGAAUAUGAAAAAUUGGUAAACUCAGAAAAUAAAGUAGCAUCUUAUGUUUUCUUUAGUUCUCAGCAAACUGUACUAUUUCCAGUUGUCUGUCUUGAUGAUUUUAGAGGCCCUAAUAGCCAUGUUUCUUCCAUCUCCUUCUCAGCUGUUACUUAGCUUAAAAUUAUUUGAUGGUUCUACAGAAAAAAAUUUACUGUAUAAUUUUUAUGUAAAAGCUGCAAAAUACAAGACUCUGAGAAGCCGUUUAAGAUAUAAAGAGAUGUCUGCAGUUCUCUGCACUGAGUUGCUUCCUGGUUGCUUCUUAGCUGAGUGGUGGUAGGGCCUCUGUUCACCAGGACAGCAUUGUGAGGAACCUCUCCUCCUAGGCCCUUCACACCUCAAAAACAAUGUCAGUCUUCUGUUUUUGUCUUUCAUUCUGUUGUUGAUAUGCAGCUUUUGUAGAAAUCAUCCAAAGUAGAUGCCAUGGGUAGAAGACAAAAAUGUCCUGCUGGGCAUGGUGGCAAUCCCCAAUAGUCCCAGCUACUUUGGGAGGCUGACGCAAGAGAAUAACUUGAGUCCUGAAGUUUGAAGCUAACCUGGAUAAUAUAACAACAUAGCAAGACACCAUCUCAGAAAAAGAAAAAAAAAGUGAUUAGCCAUCUCAGAGAACAGCUAUCUGCUGUGUUCUCUUCCCUACCACCAACAAAUGUCAGUUCUCAAUCUCUGCCUUCCCUCUUUCCCCCAGGAGGGAUCGAGAUGGAGAACUCGCUUUCUUAGAGACAAGCCCACCUGCCAAACCCAGAAGUUAGUUCUUACCAUUCUACAUCUUGAGGGCCAUUUUGAGAUGCAGUAAAACAUAUAACCUCGCAGCCUUUCUUAAAAAGUAUUUUUAAUACUUUUUGCCCAUAUUCACUGGCCAUUUCAGUCCUCUGACCCAGGUUGGAGUUUUGCUGAACCCAUAACAUCCUGAGUAGCUCACUAAUUUUAACUCCAUUAGUUGAGUACGUUUGAUACAUCUGUGGCCUCAUUUCUAUAAAGAGCACAUUAGAUUGUACCAAGCACUGUCAGAACAUGACAUGCUAACAUAGAUGUAUUAACAUGAAAGUGUAAGAUAUGUGACUAUAAUAUUUCUAAUAAAUAUAUUUUGUUCUGUC